AUGGAAAAGUUCACCCAGUGGAGAGACCCAGGAACUGGGAUCUCCCCAUUCAUGCCGGUGUCAAAGCCAAAGAAAUCAAAUGUUAUCAUCGCUGUUCUCCAAACGUUGCCAAAAAUCGUGUUAGCACUCCUUAGGACCCCGCCUUUAAUGCUUUAUUCGUUGGUUUAUUGCAUGGUCCCGUUGGCAUUUGUUCGCAGAUGGGUUAUCUCAUUUUUAUUGAACUUCCUUUUCAGUACAAAUUUAUUUGGCAGCAGUUACGAUGCUUCGAUUGAAGGAAUCAAAAGAUCAAACACAAAAUUAAAGAAAGCAAACAUGCCCCAUCCAGGAGACGUGAUUAUUGUCAACCAUACCUCGCCAUUGGACGGCAUGGUGCUUUAUUUGAUCAGCUCAAACUGCUCAUUCUUGACCUUCACAAAAGACGGUGCAUUGGUCGAACUUUCGGUAUGGGAGGUGUUUACCAGUGCAUUGAGUCUUGAAAAACCCAACAAGCCGCCAGUGAAAUUGGCCAACUACGCCAAUAAAGUGGUGUACUUGUUCGCUGAGGGGACCACCUCUAACGGGAAGUCGAUUCUUCCUUACAAUAAGGGCUAUAAUAGUGUGGUAACUGAAGCAAAGAAGGGUCACAAGUUGAAGAUUCUUGCCAUGAAGUUGACCCCAUCUCAGUUAACCACCCCUAUUCCAAAGCCAGUUGUAUCGUAUUUAUGGGAAUUGUUGACUAAUUUUGGGGCUCUAAUGUUCCGUAUUAGAAUUGAAUUACUCGACGAGCACCAAAGUUUACAAUCGAUCAGGGAAAAGAGCGCAGAAAUUGGUCGCCUUAGGCUUGUGGGAGCUCAACUCGAUAUAGUUAACAAGGGUCUUUUUGUAGAGGCGUACAGAAAGAAUACCAGAUCAUGA